AUGUUGCUGGGUCAGUGUUUCGCCAUCAUGCCACUGACUGGCAUCAGGCGAGCAAGUCCACGGCAUGUGCAUUUCCGCUUCAAGUCUGUGCCGAUGAUUGUGACGCUGAUCUUCAUGAUGGCCAGCUCGGUGCUAACGCUGUGUAUGCUGAAGUAUUUGCUCAACAUAGGCGUUACAGCGAAGAACUUUGUUGGUCAGGUGUUCUUCACCUGUGUGCAGUGCGCUUGCAUUUUAUUCAUUGACUUGGCGCGUCAUUGGCCGUCUCUGAUUCGCUACUGGACGCACCUCGAACUAGUGUUCACCAAGCCCCCCUACGAGGUGCUCAAAAGAAACCUGUCACAGCGCGUGCGACAACCAGCGCUUAUCAUAAUAGCCUUGUCACUGGUCGAGCAUAGUUUGUAUCUCAGCUCUGCUAUCGUCAGCUAUAAACAGCGCGUGAAGUUCUGCACCCAAAAUUACAACUCUACGAUGGGCGUGUCCUUUGAUAACUAUGUUAAAGUGAACUACGACUACGUGUUCCCUAUGCUGCCCUACACACGCCUUAUAGGCGUCUACGUGCUGCUGGUAAAUGGCACCUGCACUUUCAUAUGGAACUACAUGGAUCUAUUCAUCAUGAUGAUCAGCAAGGGCUUGGCCUAUCGCUUCGAGCAAAUUUCGAAGCGCAUUCGCAGACUGGAGCACGAGGAUCGGGUGCCGGAGACUACGUUCAUGGAGAUCCGUGAGCACUAUGUGCGCAUGUGCGAGCUACUGGAGCGUGUGGACAACGUUCUCUCCGGCAUCAUUUUGUUAUCCUGCGCCAACAAUUUGUACUUCGUAUGCUGUCAGCUGCUCAACAUAUUCAAUAAACUACGCUGGCCCAUCAACUAUGUGUACUUCUGGUACUCCAUGCUCUACCUGGUGGGUCGCACAGCUUGUGUGUUCCUCACGGCGGCCACCAUCAAUGAUGAGUCGAAGAGUGCCCUGAGCGUGCUGCGUCGUGUCUCCAGCAAGAACUGGUGCGUGGAGGUCGAACGCCUAAUUUUCCAAAUGUCCACACAAACAGUGGCGCUGUCCGGCAAGAAGUUCUAUUUUCUAACACGCAGGCUGCUCUUUGGUAUGGCUGGCACUAUAGUUACCUACGAGCUGGUGUUGCUGCAAUUCGAUGAACCCAACCGCCGCAAGGGCUUGUUGCCCUUGUGCGCCUGAAUGGAAAUGGCAACAACGAUUAUAAAUUGUCAUGGCUGACAGUCGGCCACAUUUAUCUUUAAAUUAUUGUAAAUACUAGCUGCUAAAUUGUGAAAACCCC